AUGUCUGAAGACGAUGAAGAUAUGUCAGCGGUACUCGCGCUGGGGUCAAGUGAUCGAGGAGGAAAUCACGUCGUCGCCGACGACAUGACUGGGGGAACUUGGGCCGUUCCGCACGGCGCGUCUGGCCGUGUGAGUGGUGUCCAUUGGGAAACGAAUUUGCGGUGA